UAGGAAUAGUGGGUUCUAGCCACGCUCAGUUGCAACUCAACUUCUAUGCAAAGAGCUGUCCGCAAGCAGAGAAGAUAAUUCAAGAUUAUGUGCAAAAGCAAAUCCCAAAUGCUCCAUGUCUUGCAGCUGCCUUGCUCAGACUGCAUUUCCACGAUUGCUUUGUCAGGGCAAGUUUAUACCUCAUUUCAUAUGAAGAGUUCCAUUCUUGAAGUAAUAAUGUGGUUUUACAAGGUUGUGAUGGUUCUGUGCUCCUGAAUUUCACUUCGAGCACGAAAAACCAAACUGAAAAAGUGGCUGUUCCUAACCAAACGCUGAGAAGCUUCUCAUUCAUCGAUGGUGUGAAGAAAGCAGUUGAAACUGAAUGCCCUGGAGUUCUCUUGUGCAGAUAUUGUUGCCUUGGUUGCUAGAGACUCAGUUGUGCUUACAGUAAGUACAAAACUCUGAACCAACUUGCAGACUGUAUUUGCUUAUAGUCGUAUCCUACUCAGACCACUAAAUAGAGCUGAGGUUAUAGUUGAGGCUGUUGAUAGAAAACCAAGAUGACUAGUUAUUGUACGCAUGAAAGGGCUAAGCUAAAACGAACUAUGUUCUUAAUCUUUGUCUCCCUCUAUCUUCAAGGAGGCCCUUCCAACUGGUAGAAGAGAUGGAAGGAUAUCAAAUGCCUCAGAAGCCUUGGCAAACAUCCCUCCUCCGAUAAGUAACUUUUCUAGUCUCCAAACAUCUUUUGCCAGCAAGGGUCUUGACCUAAGUUCUGGUAAGUUUAAAUUAAUACAUCUGCACUGAUUUCUGCUUAUAUCGAGAUUUUUCACAUUUAAGUUUCUCAGACAAAAAUCAUUAUUACUAUGAACAAUUUUAUAUCAGGUGCACAUACUAUUGGAGUCUCUCAUUGCCCGUCAUUUUCAUUACGUUUAUACAAUUUUACUGGAGUGUGGGGCAAACAAGAUCCAUCUCUAGAAAGUGAAUAUGCAGCUAAUCUUAAGAUAAAGAAAUGCAAAUCAAUCAAUGACAAUACCACAAUUGUCGAAAUGGAUCCUGGCAGUUCCAGUAAAUUUGAUCUUAGCUACUUUCAGCUUGUGCUCAAGAGAAAAGGGUUAUUCCAAUCUGAUGCAGCCUUGACAACAAGUGCGACAACAAAGUCAUUCAUCAACCAGCUAGUACAAGGAUCACCCAAACAAUUCUAUGCUGAAUUUGGUGUAGCCAUGGAGAAAAUGGGAAAGAUUGAAGUCAAGACCGGCUCUACUGGUGAGAUUAGGAAGCACUGUGCAGCUGUGAAUAGUUAAGAGCUGUCUUUUCCCAUUAUUCCCAACUUCCAAUAUUCGUGUGUUUGUGUUUUGUAUGUAACCUUUGUGUGAGUGAUUUGGGAUGACAUAAAUCAUUUCUUUUUGUAGUUAUUCCGUCUUAUUCUUGUAUAGUGAUGGUUUUCUUGAAAUAAAACUAAGAUUCCAAG